AUGUCCUCCUGGAAAACCAUCUCUGCUACGGACAAUGUUCCACAAUAUUAUGUUUUCACGGAAGCGUUGCAAAGGCCCGAUCUUGAUGACAGAAAAUAUCGAGUGAUCCAGCUGGAUAAUGGUCUGAGAGCGAUCCUGAUCAGCGACCCAGCUGCGGACAAGGCAGCGGCUUGCGUCAACGUCGCAGCAGGCUCAAUGCAGGAUCCAGGUGACUUGCAAGGGUUGGCCCAUUUUUGCGAACAUAUGUUAUCAAAGGGAUCUAUUUCAUACCCCGAAGAGAAUGAUUUCAUGUCAUUUAUCACAUCCAACGGUGGUUCCCGGAAUGCUGCCACAGGUGGACCAAACAUGUACUAUUGGUUUUCUAUAGCACCGAGUCAAAUAUCCGGCGCAUUAUCUAGAUUAGCGGCAUUUUUUCACUCUCCUCUGUUUACAACGUCUCUCACCGCUCGCGAGAUACAUGCUGUGGACUCAGAAUCCAAACGAAAUGAACAGAACGAUUCUCGUCGGAUUCUUCUCGUUAACAAGCACCUCAGUGUUGCAGGUCAUCCUUAUCGACAAUUUGGCACAGGUAACUACGAGAGUAUUACUGAGGCCGCCAGGAAACUAGAGAAAGUUGGCCGUUUACCUCCAGGUGGCGACGGCAACGAUGGAGAUGGAGGUGCAGUGGGGCGUGAAACUCGACGAAGGCUCGUAGAAUGGUGGAAAAGCGAGUACUGUGCUAGCCGCAUGACUGCAGCCAUUCUUGGGAGAGAAUCGCUUGAUGACUUGGCAGAUAUGCUUGUCUCAAUGUUUUCUCCGAUCCCGAAUCGAGGUCUGGACCCCCGUCCUCAGAAUCCAGGGCCUAUCUGGGGUCCAUCAGAGAUGGGGUCUAUCCUGUUCAUCAAGACUGUAGAGGAUUCCUAUGGUUUGACGCUUACCUUCCUCAUACCCGACCAACAACAACAUUAUACGACGAAGCCUGCACAGAUAUUGGCUCAUUUUCUUGGCCAUGAAGGACGUGGCAGUAUCUGCGCGUACCUCAAGAAGAAGGGUUGGUUGAUAAGUCUCAGCGCUGGACCGAGCAGCUAUCUCCGCGGCGGGUACACUUUCAGGGUAAAUGCAAGGCUGACGAAUGAAGGAUAUACCCACUACCAGGAGGUCCUCCUCACGACCUUCAACUACAUCUCGCUCCUACGAUCUUCAAAUCUCCCUCCGUACCACUUCUCGGAGAUCAGCACCAUAUCCGCGCUCAAUUUUCGCUUCCAGGAGAAGGUACAGCCUCAUCUCUGGGUGAACUAUCUUUCAGCCAAACUCCUUGAGCCGUACCCUCCCGAAUGGACGCUCAGCGGCGGCUCGCUGAACCGAGAAUGGGACGAGAUCCUCGUGCGGGAGACGCUGGCAGCAAUCGUCCCAGAAAGAGGGCGGGUGACUCUGCAAGCGCAGGAACAUGAUGAGCGUGUCGUUGGAAAGGACGCGCAGUGGGAAUCGGAAAAAUGGUAUGGCACACAGUACUCUGUCCGGAGGAUCGAUGCCUCGUUUAUAGACAAGGCGCAGGCGCCAAACGAGAACGUAGAGCUAUUCCUACCAAGUCCCAACCUGUAUAUUCCCGAGAAUCUGACGGUUGAACGACUGGAAAUCUCUUCACCGGCCAAGUUCCCCACUUGCAUUCGGCGCACGGCAAUAUUUGCACUAUGGUACAAGAAAGACGAUCAGUUCUGGGCACCGAAAGCAGAACUCAGAGUUGACAUCCGUAGUCCAGUAGCGUACGGGACGCCUCGACAAGCAGUCUUGACUCGUCUCCUUGUAGACCUUGUAGAAGAUGCGCUUUCGGAAGUGACAUAUGAUGCCGACAUCGCUGGAUUGUCGUACUCUGUGGGGAAUCACAGAAAAGGUAUUCAGAUAUCCGUCAGCGGGUUCAACGACAAGCUCUCCGUCCUUCUGCGGACCGUACUUGACAAGCUCACUGGUCUCAUCAUCGACUGCGAACGGCUAGCCGUAUUCAAAGAACAGGUAGGGCGGGAGUACAAGAACUUCUAUCUUGGACAGCCAUCAAACCUCUCUGAAGCAUUUGCGGCUCGUCUUCUUAUGCCUAUAGUCUGGACGCCUAACGAAAAAUUGGCGGAGUUGGCUUCCAUCAACGUAUCUGACGUGGAGAGACACAAGACGGAAUUGCUGUCUAAAGUGUACAUCGAAGCAUUGGUGAAUGGCAAUUUGAACAAAGAGCAAGCCAUUCAGAUUGUCGAAGCAGUGGAGAUCUGUCUCGCAGCGCGUGCCCUUUCUGACAGCGAGCAACCACGCACUCGCUCUUUAAUAUUACCUGCAGGCUCGAACUUCGUCGCGCGAGAGACUCACGUCAAUCCGGUCGAGGCCAACAGCAGUCUGUCGUACUACUGCCAGUUUGGAGAGCUCGUAGACGUCCCCUUACGAGCGACUCUCGGCCUGAUAGUACAUAUAAUCAAGGAACCAUGCUUCUCUCAAUUGAGGACCCGUGAGCAGCUUGGAUAUGUUGUUGGGAGCUCGAUGUGGACUGUCACUAGUUCAAUGGGAUUGGGGAUCAAGAUUCAGAGCACAAAAGCCUCGUGGUUUGUCGAGGAAAGAGUAGAAGCCUUCCUCGAGACUUUCCGGAACACGCUUGCAGGCAUGUCUGCGGAAGAAUUCGAAGCGCAGAAGGAAGGUCUGAUCGUGAAGAAGUUGGAAAGGAUGAAGAACUUGUACGAGGAGACGGCGCGGUUCUGGGGACAUAUCUCCUCCGGGUACUAUGAUUUUGUACGACAUGAGACCGACGCGGCCUUCAUUCGUACUCUGAAACUUGAGGAUGUCGUGGAGGUCUUCGACAAAUUCGUCCGGCCUUCUUCUGCCAUAACCUCACGCAAGAAGAUAUCAGUACACCUCGUAUCGCAGCAGAUGAAGGAUACGCCGCGCACUACCGACGGAGCGAAGGUCAUCACGAACGAGUCGGAGAGCCUGUUUAAGGCUGGCUUGGCGUGCUAUCCAGCCGCAGUUCCUGUGGUGUCCGAGGCGUUUGACACCAAUUCGCCCAUCAGGAGCAUGCUAUAA